AUGCCCUUCGGUGCGGGCAUAGUACCCACCCUAGCCACAGCUCCGCAUUCCCAUAUCCGCCAGGAAGCGGAUUACAUACGCGAACGAAUAGACGCUGCAAGGGCACUUCACCGAAAACUGACGUCUGAGAUCCGUAGGAAUGAAAGCAAGCUUGAGGAGGUUCGAGAGGAUGAAUUCUCGGGCCGCCCCAACACUUCUACCCCAGUCUCUAUCACUUCUCUGAAGAAAAGCAUCCGAAAGCGACGGUCCCGACUCAACCGGUGCGCGAGGAACUUGGCAGCCUUCGGGGACCGUCUGGCGGCUAUAACCCUGCAGAUGCAAGCCCUCCAGCAACGACAGUGGCGGCACAGCGCUCCACAACUCUACGGCCUCGAGAAUGCCUGCCCUGAACAUCUUGCCAGCGCUCCGUGCAGACACGACUGGUCAGCGUCGACACUGUCGAACGUACCACAACCGCCGACUCCAGCGCUAAUUGUGCAUCCUCUGCAUGUGCAAAGCCAGCACCAUCCGGUCGUUGGAUACCUCCCACGGACCCCCGUCCUACGACCCGUGCAUGUCCCACGACUAGCUGACACGGAGGCACUCCAGGAAAGCGCUGGUCCAAAGCACGUCUUCGACGGCGUGGAGAUCAGUCCGACGAAUACCGUCUCUCCGUACGAUUUGAACGCUCCUCGAGGCUUUCCGGCUGCUCAGCGUAUCGAUCUGGCGGAGGCUGUCAGCAACAUGCGCAUUUCUCAAAUUCAGGAACUAGACCAUGUGCCGGAAUCGGUAGUCGAUCUGUCAAAGCGCCUGAGGCGUCUGGAUCAUGAGAGCGCCGCGCUUAGACUUCAAAAGUUGGCCAGAAAGGGGGAGGAAUUGAACUAG